CUUGUUAGUUCCCUAGUUAUCCGAGGGUUGAGCCUCCUGGGAAGCAAGAAUCCCCAGCCCACUGUCUUUACAUCAUUUCUCCUCUGAACUACAACCCCACAGUACAACUAGACCGUGAUACCAGGCAGCUCCGGUGAAGUUGAUCACAAUGGGCGACCAUGUCCUCUUUUUCUACGGAACCUUAAUGGCCCCUCAAAUUCUCCACAGGGUAAUUCACGGUUCACCAGACCCAGAGCCCUGGCAAAAAGCCCUCCUCACAUUCAGGCCAGCCAUUCUGCACGGGUACGGACGGCAUCGAGUGCGGGGAGCCGACUACCCAGGCAUCGUGCCGGCCAAGGCAACUACCACGGAGCCAGACACGGAUUUGAAUGCUAAUGGCUUGGCGGCCGUGCUUGGGACGGUUGUUUCGGGAUUGACAGACGGUGAUGUUCAUCGAUUAGAUAUCUUUGAGGGUGCGGAGUAUGAGAAGAGGAAGGUAAAGGUUAGGAUUUUGCGGGAAUCGCUGGGUGGCAAGGAUGGGGGGCUGGAUGGGAAGGAUACGGAUAGGCAUUUGAUGGAUGUUCUGGAUGCUGCCGGGGCGGAGUUUGCGGAUGAAGGGGAGGAGGUAGAGGCUGUUACAUAUGUUUGGGUUGCUGGGGAAAGUAAGCUGGAGGAUGGAGAGUGGGAUUUCGGGGCAUUCAAGAGGGAUAAAAUGGCCUGGUGGGUGGGGGCAGAUGAAAGUGAGUGGUAAUAUCUUCUUUAGACAUUAGAAGAUUUCCAUAGAAGGCCAAAUGUAUUUUGUUCUUUAGAUGGCCCAAAUCAGCAUAAUCUCUCCCAUCGAAAGCAGGUCUAG